AUGCUACAUCCUAACAAGUGGAAGGACAGAAUGAAAAGCAAGAUGAAAGGUUUUUAGUCCAUUUUCAUUUUCAAAGGCUUAACAAACCUUCUAGGAAAAACCAUACACUGGUCACAGGAACCCUUCAUUAGAAAUGCUGGCAUUCACAACCUAUUGGUGGAGAACCACCGUGAAGAACUGACUUACUAUUUACACUUUUCAAACUCUGAAAGAAAGCCACCUUGUGGCAAUGCAUAUUAUGAUCAAAUAGGCAAGAUGUGCCUACCCUUUUCACCAUUUUGGAUAACAUUUAAAAUGCAUAAAAACUCUCCAAAAACCUGUCCAUGGUUAAAGCUAUAA